AUGCAGAUCAAGCCAGAGCAGCCCACGGAAGAAACGGUCCCAGACUGCGACAUCUCUGAUCUCGACCUAGAACAGACAUGCGACACAUCAGAGACAGACUCCGAGUCUGACGUCGAGCAUGCGCUCUCCAGGUGUCUAUCGUAUUGCAGCAGGCAGAGUGACGAAUCCGACAGCUCAGAGGACGCUUGGGACUCUGAUGAUCACUCGAACUUGGCAUCUUCCUACAGCAAGGAGUCUGACGCAUCUGAUGUGUCUGAGGAGUCUAACAGCAGCAGCGGUAUCAUCGGUGCGGAAGAGGCUAGCCAUACCUCAGAUUCUGACGAACAUGACGACGGCGUGUUGCUCUGGGACAUGCAGCCUCAAUGCACGUGGCAAUGUGCUGUGCACGCGCCUGAGAUGAGAGCGAUGAUCUAA